AUGGCUGACCAUCCCUCCACGAUCGGAACUCUUGUUGCUGAUCCCAAGUAUGGUGAACGGGGAGUGCUCAUUCGACAGACUAAGCAGGAAAUAUUACACCAUUCAAACCAAUUCCGUUUCGAAGAAAUCACCGAGGUCUACCUAAAAAAGAUCAGGUGGGAAGAGGUUCAAGCGGGGGGGUUUACCAACAGCACUACUUCCGACAUAAAGCAUACGUUCAGCUAUAGUUACACCGCCACAAGGAGCAAGACCGACCAGGCGUCUUUCAAUGCCAGCAUCGGAAUACCUGGAGUUUUGGACCUCGAUAUCGGUGGGGGACAUACUACGAUUACGACCAACUCCAAGUCGAGUACGCGAUCUGAAAGCAAGGAAUUCACUAUCAAGCCUGGUAAUACGCAAUACCAUUACGUCAAGGUUUACACACUUAAUGUUCGAAAGUGGUGGUUGGGAGAAACCGAUGGCAAACCGAGGCGUGUCAUCACACAGGACGCAAGUCUCAAUUCCACACAUGCUGUUACCAAGGAAGAGGAAAUUUACCAAGACUACCGAGUAUCGCACGUCCCGUUCGCUGGUACAGAGCGUCUGCAAGUAGAGCCCAUCAAAAAACAAUACGACGAUGAACCUGGUCGUGGUUAUGAACGAGUCACACAUAGGGACUCCAUCUGGGAAGGCCCUGGCUCAUCUACUACUCGGAGAGACACGCUUGUAGACCGACACAAUCGCGCUAUGAGAAUUGGUCAGUAG